AUAGUGAGGGGUCUCGCACGCCCGGAGCCGGGGGUCUGUGUCAAGAGCUGCAGGACCUGUUAAGGCAAGAGAAAUGGAGAAAGCUCAGGAUAUCAUAGGAACCUCAAGAGGCAGGAGCAGACUCACCCUGAGGAUAUGAAGAUGGUCCCAGCAGUUUCACAAAGGAGAUAUGGGAUGCCUGGCUGGUGUGGGCAACAAUAGACCUCAAGACACAGGAUCACUGAAUACGGAGACAUAAACAUUGGAUUAAGAUUUGUCAACUGAUAGAGGCUGGCACUGCCUUCCCCACAAUGGCAGAGGUUGUGGCUGAGAUGGCUGAGAUGCCAACACAGUCACCAGGGACAGUGGAGAUGCCAAUAUCCGUGUCGUCCAUGUCGGGGGAAAUGGCAGAGAUAGCAACAGAAGUGAUGGAAAUGACACCUGGGGAGGCCCUUGCCUCAUCCCUCUUCUUCCAGCACCACCAGUUUAUGUGUUCUGAGUGCGGCAGCCUGUACAACACACUAGAGGAAGUCCUCUCACACCAAGAGCAGCACGUGCUCACUGUGUCAGAGGAGGAGGCACUGACCACACAGGAUGCCGGCCUGGAACCAGAGCUGAUAGCAGACACUGAGGAGGGGCCUUUCCAGUGUGGUGAAUGCAGCCAGCUCAUCCUCUCUCCCAGUGAGCUCCUGGCCCACCAGGACGCUCACCUCCGGGAGUCUGCAAGCCAGAUCCAGUACCAGUGUGGGGACUGUGAAGAACUCUUUCCCUCACCUGAGCUGUGGGUGGCGCAUCGCAAGGCUCAGCACCUUUCUGCUGCAGUAGCUGAGUCAUCAGCGCCACCCCCUUUACCUCCCCCAACACCACCCCCUCCACCUCCUGAGGUCAAGAUGGAGCCCUAUGAAUGUCCUGAGUGCUCCACCCUCUGCGCCACCCCAGAGGAAUUCUUGGAACAUCAGGGCACUCACUUUGACUCCCUGGAGAAAGAAGAGCAUAAUGGGUUAGAGGACAAGGAGGAGGAAUAUGAAGAAGAUGAGGAUGAUGAUGAUGAUGAAGAGUCAGAGGAUGAGGAGGAGGGAGCUGUCGACUUUGCUGAUGAUACUGUGGGAGGUAACGAGUCCACAGCCGGUAGAGCCCAGGGCCUCGGGGAUUGUUCCCAACACUGUACCUCUGUAGGGGCUCGCCGGAGACACCGAAGAGCAUCCCGAGGAUCAGCAUCAGCUGCCCACCCCUUCCACUGCACCCAGUGUCAGCGCAGCUUCAGCUCAGCAAACCGGCUGCUGGCUCAUGGGCGGGCCCAUGUGGGUGGCACACACGAAUGUACGGCUUGCUCCAAGGUCUUCAAGAAGGCAGCUUCUCUUGAGCAGCACCUGCGGCUGCAUCGAGGAGAAGCUCGCUACCUUUGCGUAGACUGUGGACGGGGCUUCGGCACGGAACUCACAUUGGUGGCCCACCGCCGGGCUCACACUGCCAACCCACUGCAUCGCUGUCGCUGUGGCAAGACAUUCAGCAACAUGACCAAGUUCCUCUACCAUCGGCGCACGCAUGCUGGGAAAAGCGGGGCUCCGGCUACAGCAGCAACAGCCUCCCCAGCUCCAACAGAGCCAAUACCCCCAACCCCACCCCCUGCCCCACCUGCCCAGCUGCCCUGCCCGCAGUGCCCCAAGUCUUUUGCCUCAGCCUCUCGGCUUUCCAGACAUCGACGCGCAGUACAUGGGCCCCCUGAACGGCGGCACCGCUGUGGAGUUUGUGGCAAGGGCUUCAAGAAGCUGGUCCAUGUACGCAACCACUUGCGGACACACACAGGUGAGAGACCUUUCCAGUGCCAUUCUUGUGGCAAGACAUUUGCUUCUUUAGCCAACCUCAGCCGCCACCAGCUGACCCACACAGGUGUGCGUCCCUAUCAGUGUCUGGACUGUGGCAAGCGCUUUACACAGAGCUCCAACCUGCAGCAGCACCGGCGGCUGCACCUGCGGCCUGUUGCCUUUGCCCGUGCACCCCGGCUUCCCAUCACUGGUCUCUACAACAAGAGCCCCUACUAUUGCGGGACCUGCGGCCGCUGGUUCCGUGCCAUGGCAGGCCUACGGCUGCAUCAGCGGGUCCAUGCCCGAGCCCGGUCCCUGACACUGCAGCCUCCCAGAUCACCGUCUCCUGCCCCACCCCCAGCCCCUGAGCCUCAGCAGACUAUCAUGUGCACAGAGCUCGGGGAGACCAUCGCCAUCAUUGAGACAUCGCAGCCACUGGCACUUGAGGACACGCUGCAGCUGUGCCAGGCUGCACUAGGGGCUAGUGAAGCAAGCGGGCUGUUGCAGUUAGACACAGCCUUCGUGUGACAUAAAUGAAGAGCAACAAUAAAAGGGUUUGGUUGCA